AUGGCGACGAAGGACGAAGUACGCAGGGUGCUCCGCUGCGAGCCGGCGCCGCCGGGCGGACGCCCGCUGUUUCUGCCGGCGGUCUACGAGCACAAGGCGUUCUUCCUGGACGACACGCCGUCGCACGUGUCGCGGGACGCCGACCUGCUGGCGCGCGCCGUGCUGGCCGAGUACGCCGCCCUGCAGCCGGAUGCGCUCACCAUCGGGCUGGACGUGUACAACCUGGAGGCGGAGGCGGCCGGCUGCCUGGUCACCUUCUACGAGGGCGACGACACCAGCAUCCCGGGCAUCCGCCCCGGCGACCACGUGGUGAAUCAGUCCACGGACUUCGCGAGCCGCCCGAUCCCCAACCCGCUGCGCGACGGGCGGAUGCCGGUCAACAUCGAGGCGACGCGCCGGGUGGUCGCGGAGCUGGGCGGCGACGUCUGGAUUCGCGGCGCCCUGUCCGGGCCGUUCUCGCUGGCGGUCAGCCUGAUGGGGGCCGAGGAGUUCUUCCUGUGCUGCUGGGACAGUCCCGACGCGUCCAAGCGGCUGCUGGAGUACUGCACCGCCAUCAUCAAGGAGUUCGGCGCCGCCUACGUCGAUGCCGGCGCCGAGGUGAUCCUGUUCGACUCGCAGGCCUCGCCGGACCUGCUGUCCCCGAAGAUGUACCGGGAGUACGUCCUGCCGUUCACGCGUCGAUCGUCGAGCACUUCCAGCAGCUCGGCGUGCGCGACGUGCCGCUGA